AUGCCGAUCCCGAGGGCAGACACCUCCAGCUUGGAAGGCGGCCUAUUCGCUGACCGUAGAGGGACCAUCCUCGGUGUUGCGAUCAUGUUCAUGGUGCUCUGCACCCUUAUCCUCAUUUUACGAUUCAUUUCUCGUCGAUCCGAGAAGAGGCCAAUAUGCGCUGAAGAUUGGAUCAUGAUUCCUGCCUGGAUCGUCUUGAUGGGCCACUGUGCCGGUGCCAUCUGUGGUGUCCGCUACGGUGGUAUGGGCCGACACGAAGCAUAUGUUCUCCAGUACGAGCCCGAAGCGAUGGUGUCUUGGGCGCAGGUCCUCUUCGCGACCAGCAUCACCUUGGGAAUUGCUAUCCCACUGGAGAAGACGUCGAUUCUACUGCUCUAUAUCCGCAUAUUUCGAGUCCAUCACUGGUUCCGCUACGCAAAUUACCUGUUGAUUGCCUAUAUCUGGAUGUGGGGCUUGAGCGUGUGCCUUGUCACGAUCUUCGCAUGCAAACCAGUCCCUUUUCAAUGGGAGCAGUACGCGGGUGCUACUGACGGCGUGUGCAUCGACCAGCUUGCCUUCUUCCGCUGGGUCGGCCCACCGAACAUAAUCCACGACGUUGUUAUGUUGGUCAUCCCUCUGCCCGUGGUCUGGAAGUUGCAGAUGCAACUCAGGCAGAAGUUGGCCCUCAGUUGUGUCUUCCUGGUCGGAUCACUGCAAGUUUCCUCUGACCCCAGCUACUUCCCAAGCUCUGAGCUGAUGACAACGCAUGAAUACAGUGGUUGCGUUGCCUCCUCCAUUCGUACGGCUCUCUUCUUCCAACUCAACGCCUUCUCUGACAACACCUGGGCCUCCAUCGACCUCAUCUCGUGGAUAGUCGCCGAGCCAGGUGCCAUCUUCAUUUGUGCCUGCAUGCCAGCACUGUGGCCAAUGAUAGUACAUUAUGGCCCGAGCAUGUUGAAGCUCAGAAGCUCUAAGGUUCAAUCCGAUCGCUAUGUAGGGGAUAUCGAGGGCAUGCGGAGCGGCUUCUCGGGUGCCUACAGCGGAAAUCAACGAUCCAAUCUUGGGACAGGUGAAUUUAUUCGGUUGAGCAAUUUUGAAGAUGGAUCAAGCCGAGGAACCGUCCAAGACCACUUCAAAAUCAUGAACCCUCCGGAUACAGACUUUCAGGCAAGUGACGGGGAUGGUGGAGUUCCGAGGACUACUUAUGUACCGAGUCUAAGGGGCAAGUGA